AUGCCUUCCCGCGGCCGCGCGCCCGCCUCGGGGUGGACCAUUGUCGUGACGAGCGUCCUUCUUAGCAUGGUGCCCUUUAUCCUGUUCCUCGGCACGCCUGUCGUCUGGCGCCUGCUCGGCCGCGCCGCUGGCUUCUUGUUCCGCAAGAAGACCGAGGGGCGGCGGGCGGUGCUCGUGGCGGCCAUGGACGAGGAGAAUGAGAAGUAUAGGCACAAGCACGCGGGUAGCAAAAGUAGCAGCUCUGGCGACGAGUGGGAAAAGGUGGCGGGCGGCGGCGCCGCAGAUGCCGUGGCGGAGAAGCUCAAGGACAAGACGAGAGACUGGGACGGCAUCAUUGGCUUCUUCCACCCGUUUUGCAAUGCUGGCGGUGGCGGCGAGCGAGUCCUCUGGGCCGCCAUCCGCGCGACUCAGCUCCGUUGGCCCAAAGCCAAGUGCGUCGUGUACACCGGCGACCACGAAGUCACCAAGGCCGACAUUAUUGCCCGUGUCAAGAGGCGAUUCAACAUUGAGUUGCACGCGCCCACGGUGCAGUUCCUCUACCUCAGCAAGCGGCACUGGGUCCUCGCCGCGCGCUGGCCGCACUUUACCCUCGCCGGGCAGUCCCUCGGCUCGCUCCUCCUUGGCCUCGACGCCUUUUCCCUGCUCGUCCCCGACGUGCUUAUCGACACCAUGGGCUUUGCGUUUGUCCUCGGCCUGAGCAAGCUGCUGUUCCCGCGCGUGCCUACGGCUGCGUACGUGCACUACCCGACCAUCUCCACCGACAUGCUCGACGCGCUCGACCCGUCCUCGCCGCUCGGCGCGCGCGGCGUCAAUGGCGGCCAGGGCCACGGUCUGCGCGGCUUCGCCAAGAAGAUCUACUGGCAACUGUUUGCGCGCGUCUACUGCUGGUUCGGCGGCGCCUCGGUCGACGUCGUCAUGACCAACUCGACCUGGACCCAGGCGCACGUGCAGUCCCUUUGGGGCCCGUACCGCAGAGCCAAGGACGCCAAGAACCCGACGACGGCCGUGUUCCCACCCGUCGCGGUCGAGGAGCUCGAGGCCGCCGUCGACGUGUCGGCGAUGAGCGAGGCGACGGUGCGCCAAGACAUCAUCCUGUAUAUCGCCCAGUUUCGCCCGGAAAAGGACCACCGCCUGAUUGUGCAGUCGUACUAUGAGUUUCUCAAGCUCGGCGGCAAGUCCGCAGAGACGUCGAAGCUCGUGCUCGUGGGUAGCGUCCGCGACGACGCCGAUGCCAAGCGCGUGUACGAGCUGCGCCUCAUGUGCAACGAGCUCGGCAUCAAGGACCGCGUUGAGUUCCACGUCGACGCCUCGUGGCCCGAGAUCCUCGAGUGGCUGCGCAAAGCCUCUAUUGGCGUCAAUGGCAUGUGGAACGAGCACUUUGGCAUCGGCGUCGUCGAGUACCAGGCCGCCGGCCUUAUCUCCGUCGUCCACGAUAGCGGCGGGCCCAAGCUGGACAUUGUCGUCCCUAUGGACGGCUUGCCCAGUGGAUUUCAUGCUACCACGUCGAAAGAGUUCGCCGAGAGCUACCGCCGCGUCUUUGAGAUUUCGGACAAGGUACCGACCAGGCUGCGCGCGCGCAAGUCGGCCAAGCGCUUCACAGAGGCCGAGUUUGCGAGGAAGUGGAUAGACCAAAUGGAGCGCCUCAUUGCCAUGGCGCGGUAA